GCUGCUGUGUGGAGAAUGCAUGUGUGUACGAGAAGGAGCUUUAAGAGGGGGAGCCGAGCAGCAGAGAAGGGACUGAGGGGGAGAGAGUGGGAGCUGCACACUGACAGAGAGGAGGAGAGAGCAGAGACCAGAGGAACGAGGAGGCAGCACGUCUGUCUCUAUCUGUUGCCUCUCGAGGAGCUCAGCUGCCGGGCUGCUGCCAGAGUGUGUUCAGCUGGUCCGGUUGCAGCACUGCCACACAUGGGUGAAGGUUUGACCCGCUUCGCCCUGGACUUGACUCAAAACCGAUGAUCUCCAGCCAAAUCUGGCAUCUCCUCUCAUUAAGAUGGGAAAUGCCUCAGAAACAUUUCUGCUCGUGUCCAAGAUAUCAAAAGACAGUGACAUCCUCAUGGGGACGAUCUACAGCAUCUUUGGUGUGCUGUCGUUAAUAGGAAAUGGGAUCCUGCUGUUUGUGGCCUAUAGAAAAAAAUCCACCCUGAAGCCUGCUGAGUUCUUUGUGGUUAACUUGGCCAUCAGCGACCUGGGCAUGACCAUGAGCCUGUUUCCACUGGCUAUCCCCUCGUCCUAUGCCCACAUGUGGCUGUUUAGUAAAACGAUCUGCCUUAUCUACGCCUUCUGUGGCGUCUUGUUCGGCCUGUGCAGUCUGACCAACCUCACAGUGCUCUCCUGCGUCUGCUGGAUCAAGGUCUGCAUCCCAAACUACGGUAACAAGUUUUCAUACAGCCAUGCCUGUCUCCUGAUUGCUGGGGUCUGGUGCUAUGCUGGAGUCUUUGCUGUGGGGCCCCUGUCUGGCUGGGGAGAGUACGGGCCCGAGCCGUACGGCACGGCAUGCUGCAUUAGCUGGCAUGCGCCCAGCGAAAGCACUGCAGCUAUGACCUACAUCAUCUGCCUCUUCUUCUUCUGCUACAUCAUUCCGUGCACCGUCAUCUUCCUGUCCUACACCUUCAUCCUGCUGACCGUGCGGGGCUCCAGUCAGGCUGUGCAGCAGCACAUGUCCCCCCAGAACAAGAUCACCAGUGCACAUGCACUCAUCAUUAAGCUUUCUGUCGCAGUUUGUAUUGGUUUCUUGACAGCAUGGAGUCCAUAUGCUGUUGUGUCCAUGUGGGCAGGGUUUGGUAACCCAGAAACUGUACCACCCAUGGCUUUUGCCCUGGCAGCCAUCUUUGCCAAGUCCUCCACCCUCUACAACCCUAUUGUCUACCUGGUCUUCAAGCCCAACUUCCGCAAGUCCCUGUCCCGCGAUGUGGCCAAGUGCAGGAGGACACUCUGCGGAAGUCCAUGUCAGCACAGCUCUGCACAAAAGGGAACUUGCGGACAGCCUAAUCACAAAGAAGAGUUCAACUCAACAAGGUUGUCCAACGGGCUACCAGAGAACCACAGGACCUGCAGGCACUGUCCUUGCCCUGAAACAGUCCUUAGUGACAGAGAAAAUCUUACAGACAUCAGCCUGCAGAAGACUGCAAGGAUACUUAAAGGAUCUCUGCACAACGAGGUGGCUAUCAGUCAGCUCUCCAACGAAAUGCAGAGCGACUUCCUCUAGAGGAACAAACGCACUCACACAGUGAGAAGGUGACAAAUUCAGGAAAAGACAGCAAAUAUGAAGGUUGAAGACCCUAACUGCAAGUGAGGGAAAGCAAUGACAAUAUAAUUAAAGAUGAAACAAUCAAGAUUGACUGGAAAGAAAGGAAAGGAGUUUUUUUUUAAUGAAGAACUUGCCUCAAAUAUGUGAUACUGCCAAAAUAAACAUGGUUACAAAGUUAGAAGCCAACACAGAAGGAUAAGUGAGCCAAACAGCCAGCAUGCAACAACAGAUGUGUACAUCAAUAUUUCAUCAGGUCAAAUUAGCCUGAUCACCUUUACUGAUCAGCGCUAAGAGAAUCCAGAGUCCCAAUGCAAAUCAAUUCAAGCUGGAUUUAGAGGGAGGGGCCGAUACUGCCACUUUGCGCUUGCUUAACUAGCUUUUAUGUGUUUAUUAAAAGAACUGUAUUUAAUGUUAGAAGUAUUUAUUCAUGCAUGAAGAACCACAGGGUUGCUGAUGUUAUCGAAUAGAGAAUUAAUAAUGCACCCUGAUUGCUGAAGAUUAACAAUACGAGAUUUGAAUUAAGACCCAUUACUAUAGCUACAGUCUGUCGGCAACUGCAUUCAUCUUCAUAAAUAGGCCUUUUAAUGUUUUUAGGAACAAAGAGGUGUGAUAAAGAUUUGGCUUAGUGAGUCCUUAGUUACAUGUGUACAAAUUAACAUGGACAUUUUACCCCAGGGUUGUUUCAUUGAUUCCUCUGCAGAGAGGAGCCGCUGAUGCCAAUCUUUUCUAAUUAGUUGUGUCCAGCACAAAAGACGUGACUGGCUUUCAGAAACAGAAGAAUCUGUUGACUCCGAUUUAUUUGGAGACCUUGUGAUAAGAAUCAUCAAGACAGCAACAGGGAAGCAAUAAAAUACCAAAAUGUACACUUUCUGAAAUCCACUGUGAAAUAAGCUCCCCAUUUUUAAAUGUACAAAACAUCUGAAGUAUUGAAACACAUAUUUGAAUGUAAGCAUCAUUGUCUUUUUUACUAAUAAUGCAAACAGUGUGAAUCAGAUUUAAAUCAAAGUUAUCUAUUAACGUUUGUUUAAAGCAACCGGCAUUACUGGCUGGAAGAGAUUGUGGCAGAAUUACUAAAAAAUGCCCCAAAACAGCUGAUUAAUAAGCAGGGAGAAGGUGAGAGAAUUGUGAUUGAAAAUCUUCCUGAUUAAACUUAAGCUGAGCUUCAUGUCUGUGCAUGGAUAUGAGCCACUUGCGUUUAGAGCUCCUCUUUCCUCUCUGAAAAGAGUGGGCUUGUUUUUCAAUAAAAAGAUUUGUAACACAAGAAAGAAAUUGGGCCGCCCAAAUUAUCCCUAUAAAAACACUAAACAGCGAGCAUAGUAGAGCUUAAUCACAAUAUUUGUCCAACAAACACUUUUGCACUUUUCCCGUUGCUGCAUAGGUCAUCAAAUGGAAGUACACAAAACCUGCCAUGGACAAGUCAAUUCCAUCUGCCCAGGUGCAUGUUUUGUUUGACUGGCAUGACCCUCACGGCAUGUCAUGAUUCCUUACUUUACAAAGGUCAGAGGAAGGGUCACUUGUCUUUGCAGUUUCCACAGAGUAGCAAACUAUAAAAGCGGUUUCCAUUUCAAGUCAUAACAAAAACAACCAUCUCAGCACAUAUCGUGUGGUUGGAGGAGUGCUGCCCGGCUGCACUCCUCCAACCACUGCUCUGACUUUGGUGGCGACCCCCCUCUUGAUGAAAAUGAUACCAAACCACCAUUUCCAGUUGAACUAACACUCUGUGUCGGCUUUUCACAGAACCUCUGCCUUGGGGUUAGACCCUUGUUAGUUCAGUGCUUACAGAUCUGUUGGCUGUGGGCUUAAGCUGUGUUCAGACUAAUAUUAGCACAGCAUGAACAGAAAACAAAUUGCCCCUAAAUUAACUUCAGUGACGCCACAACAGUGACGCAGACGGCUACUGCAAAAAUCUUUACAGACCACUUUCCCAUUCACGUGGUUUGCAGACCCCAAUGCAUGUGUCGGUGCAUGUUGCUAGGAACGUGAAUGAGUCAUUUCUCCUGUUUAACUCCAAAUGUUGAGACAGAGGAUAGAAGAUGCACACUUGCUCUCCUAACCAGUCAGGGAUAAUGUUGAGGAUCCAUCUACAUGUGAGCAGCUUUACCGCUGGGAAACUUAGCGUUGGCAAAGACAAGCGAACUUUCAACUGAGUCAAUGAUUCAUUCAGAUUAAUAUAUUUAUUUGAUCUAAUUAUCUGACAGUGAUUCUAUACAACUACAUGGGUGCACAGGGUAGCAGCUUCCUUCUGUAUCGCUCUCUAUCGUCCAGGGAGAACUGGAGUGUGAUAAGUAGCCAACUAGCUGCAUAUGGUAAAUUUGUAUUUCUGGAAAAAAGAAAAGUUGUACAAUUGUAUUUACAACUCUGGUAUUUCAAGAAAAAGCUGUUUUUCAUUUUUGCUGUAAGACACGGGAGAACAGAGGUGAAAAGGCCGAGGGAUCGGUGAAAUGCAAGUGUUUUUUUUUUACUUUUUGCUCAUCAUGCUGGAACCAAAGGUUGCAGUCACCUUUACGCUCACUGUCAAAGCCAAAAUGUUGUUUUGGACACUUGUAUUUUUCUACCAAUACCAUGACGAGAACUUACAUAUCAAUAUACCAUGGCUUCCAGUCCUGUGCUGGUCAGCCUUUGUUCCUGGGCAAGGAUGGACACACAAACCAGGAAACACAACUGUGAAAACCAGAUUACGAUGACUCUUUUUGUUUUCUACUCGGUUCUACUCAAGGAACAAAUACUGCAAGUAACCAAGUUGUAUAUUCUCUAUCUCUAGCCAUUCCCACCUAGGGUCAUCUCUACUGGCUUUACUUAUUCAAACGAUGUACAUAUAUAUCAGAUGUCAGGGAUUUUAUGUAAACAUUGGUUUGCAUGUAUAUAGAUAUUGUGUGUACGUGCAGAUGCGUUAUCUAAUUCAUAUAUUACCAUGGAUAUCAGCCUAAGUGUAUGAGUAGGGGAUGGAGAAAACCCCUCGCAGUGUCUUGAAAUGGGGAGAUGGAUUCUAUUUUUGUUAUUUCAGCUUCUGACUGGUGGCGUAGAAAAUUGUUUCCAUGUUUUUCUUAUUUAGCGCGAAACAGCCUCCAGGUCAAAUAUAUCCAGGUCUGUGGCUUCGCUCGCUGCAGCUGGAAUCUAUUUCCUUUCAGCCCUUUAAUAGCUGUGCCUGAGAAGUACAGACUUAGCUGGACUUGUCUCCUCAUUCCAAGAUCAGUAAUAUUACACAGCCGCAAAAUGAUGGCCAUUACUUUUGACCAUUAGUACUUAAACUCUAUUUCCCUCCAUGGUUUUGUUGGGUUUCGCAGAGACACAACAAUCCAAGUGGGAAAUUUAAUCUAUUAUGAGGUUAUUGUAUAUUCAGCUUCUAUGAAGGUGACCGUUUCUACCUCCCAGUUGAUCAUGGAAUGUAUUUGUGGCUCUUGUUUUUGCGUAAUUUGAACUGGAGAUGCACAGCAUUGGAUAUUAAGGAAUCCAAGGAGCGCCGUUUGAUGUGAUUACGGCUGCUUGGAUGAGCGAGCCUUCUCGAUUAUUAAGAGAAAUCAAAGCGCUGAUGUGUCAGAGGUGCACACGAAGUGUCUCGAGCUGGAUGCAAUUAUAGUUAGCCCUCGCACCAAACGAUCCAGUGUUGUCGCCGGCGCAACGUAAGGCCUCGUGUCAACACUUGAGUCAGACAUGCUAAUCAGGACGCUCUACUUUCUGUGUGAAUCUCACCUGUCGAGAUGCAUCCUGGGAAACAUGACAAAAACCUUGUUAAUCCCGUUUGAGAUGCGAGCCUCUGAAUCAGCAGAACUUCUUUAUGCAGCAAUUAUAAUGGUUUAUAACAGGGGUGUCCAAACUACGGCCCGCCAUCCAUUUUAAAUUGGCCCACCUCCAAAAAAAUGAAGAUUAAAUAAAUAAACUUCAAACUUACAAGUUAAUGGCACUUACUUAUAGCACUUUGUAGUUUAGCUCUAUUUUUGAAUACAUUGUACUUUCUUGAUUCUUGUUGUUCUGGGUUUGUACCCUUGAAUGCACUUAUUGUAAGUUGCUUUGGAUAAAAGCGUCAGCUAAAUGAAAGAUAAUGUGAUGGACUAUGGCCCACUGUAUUGCAGCUGUCCCUCAGA